AUGAUGAUGGGUGUGUCCUGGAGGAUGCUCUAUAACACCUCAGUCCGAGGUCUCUGUGAUGCAUUCGGGUGGCUCCUGAGAUCUUUCUCAAAUUUGAAGCUUGCAAAAGAGCAUUUUAUAUGGAUACUUUGUCCACAACCUCUGUGGAAGAAACCAUGUAUAUGGGAAGUGAAGAAGAAGAAGAAGAUGAGGAGACAAAUGGAAGUGAAGAGGAGGACAAAGAUGAUUCGCAAACAGAUCAGUCAUCUGUAGGGAAGCAGCAGAGACCAGCCUGGGCUCCAUGUUUCUUCUACAGAGCUGGGAAAGAGGUGUACAACUAUGUCGGCCAGGAGAUCAUCAUUCAAGAGGCUCUGGACUCGUAUGCUGGCAUGAUAUGGCCGGCAGGGUUGGCUCUCUGUCAUUACCUGGACACUCAUCGAGAACAGAUCAAUCUCGUGGAUAAAGCAGUCCUGGAGAUCGGAGCAGGAACCGGCCUUGUGUCUGUCGUAGCAGCACUCCUUGGUGGCUGGGUCACAGCCACAGACCUACCAGAGGUCCUGAACAACCUGAGGGUCAAUUUGUGCAGGAAUACCAGGGGCCACUGCAGAUACACGCCCCAGGUAGCAACUUUGUCAUGGGGCUAUGACCUGGAGCGCACUUACCCAUCAUCGGUCUACCGCUACGACUACGUGCUAGCAGCCGAUGUGGUCUACCAUCAUGACUUCCUGGAUGAGCUCCUGGUCACCAUGAAGCAUUUCUGCAAACCGGGAACAACUCUAAUCUGGGCCAACAAGGUCAGGUUUGAGUCUGACUUGACUUUCACUGAGAACUUUAAAAAGGCCUUUAACACAAGCUUAUUGGCCGAGGAUGGAGAGAUGAAGAUCUUCAUGGCAACAAGUAGAGACUGAAAGGCCAAAGAGGUGUGGAUAGAUUUCCUGAGACACUCCCAUGGGAUAAGCCAUUGAAGUGUACGAAUUGCCAGCAACUCAAAUGGAUCCAUUGAAAUGAUCCAGUGUUUACUAAUGCUGCUAUGAGCUUGAACUAAAAUUUGUUACCUGCUGUUUUAUACAUGUUGGUGGGGGAUAAAAGAAAAAUCUGAGGAGAUGAGUGUGAGUUUGGAUCUGCUGUGGCAGUGACGUUUGCUAAACAAAUGUUCGGAUACCAAAUUCAAGGAUGCUGAAAAUGUGUUGUGAAAAUCAUCUGCCUUCUAUGGUGCAGUCCUUUCUAGACUCAUUAGACACUUUCUCGGGGGUGCGUGUUACACUGGUUGACAAUAACCUUCAUAUAGGAAAAUUUUCUAUAUCAUGCUGAUAACACACAUCCUGUACACUUUUGUAGAGUUAUAUUACAUCCCCCAACACUCUAUACUCAUAUUUUGUAAUUAAUACUUAAAUAGAGUCAAUACACACUUACCUACCACUUUAUUACUGGGUUGGACCCACUUUUUUUUUCGUCAGAACUGCUUUAAUUCUUCAUGGGAUAGAUUUAAACACGUCUCAGAGAUUUUGUUCCAUGUUAACAACAACCACUCUGCAACUAUUUGAGCUUUGGGACAUUGUGGAUUAUCCCGAUAGAAGUUAACAUCAGAAGACAGGUACACUGUGGUCAUAAAGAGUCAAUACUUAAGUUGUGCUGUUAAAAAUAUCCUCCACACCAUUACACCACCACUAGCUUAAACCAUUGAUCCAAAGUAGGAUUCAUGUUGUUUACAUCUCAUUUUGACCCUAAACAUCACAGCAGAAAUCCAGACGUUUUUACAAUCUUCUGUUGUCCAAUUUUGGUGAAUCCAUGUGAGUAGCCUCAGUUUCCUGUUCUUAGCCAACAGGAGUAGUGGUGGUCUUCUGCUACUGCUUCAAGGUUUGACAUGCUGUGUGUUCAGAGAUGCUCUUCUACAUACCCUGGUUUUAAUGGGUGAUCGGCUUCCCAACAACCUAACAUAUUCACUUUCCCCCCAAAAAAUCAGACUUUUUAUCCUUGAAGGCCUAUAAAUAGUCAGUUUAAUGCAGAUGGUUUUGUUGUUGUUUAGACUUGAACUGUCUUUUAAGAUGACUUUUAGCCAUCUUUUUCCUCAGAUGGUAGUAUAAGAGGCAGCUUCUCAGAUGUAAAGAUUUUCUCUUAAAUAUACUGUGUUUGGGAUAAAACAAAUCAUCUGAACAGGACUCACUGGGCUGUGGGGUAUGGAGGGCCAUAAGUGCCAAAAGGAAUUAUAUUAAACACACCAUUAAAGAACUGUGAUUAAUUAAAAUUGGAAGUAGACAAAUGUCAAACAAGUCAAAUAUUUAGUCAAUAGAAUGUCAUUAAAAUAGGAAAAAAAUAUUAAAUGGCUUAAAUGAAGUGAAUUGAAAUUGAACUUUUUCCCCCAAUUUUAAGUAUUUAUUUUAUUCAUGUUCGGCUCUCUCGGCCCUCUACAUUAAGUAUAAAGAAGCUAUGAAAUGUCUUUUUUUGGCAUGUCAGCUGUACCGUUUUUAAGUCUCUUUUGCUGUAUGUGCAAGUGAUGCUCAGUGAACACGUGAAUUCUUCCAAA